AUGCUGGACGACUAUCCCUGCAACCUACCGGUAACGGCCUUGUAUGCCUACGAUAGAUAUCCGUGGCCGUCAUCUGGAAAGGCCGAAUCAAGAUUUGCAAACUCCCAAAGGUCCGACCGAGCUGGGAGCUAUGACGAGAAGCCAAUCGCGAGGGCAAACUUCAACAAGCGCAUCCUGUUGUACGCGAGUCAGAACUUCAAGCUGAUCCUUCGGACAUCUCUGCAUGGCGCGUUUGACUAUAACUCUAUUUGUUAG